AUGGCCAACGCACACGACUUAUUACGCCUUUCCGGACGGCUACAACACGCAGACGAAGCGACGAGCGCAUUGGAGUCGGAGAGUGAAAAAGUGGUGCAGGAAGCACUGGACAAGGUGGUGGCGCUAAAGCGGCGAACGACGAUUGUGAUUGCGCACAGACUAUCGACAAUUCGCCGUGCUGACAAAAUCUGCGUCGCGAAUGGUGGCAAGAUUGCGGAACAGGGGCGUCUUUUAAUGUAG